CCGAGUCCCUGGCAACCUCCCGCCGAGACGCGCCACCACGGAGGAGCGGAGCGCCCUGGAGGUCAAGCGGGGCCGAGCGGGGUCCCGACACCGCAGCUAUGGACAUCCCGCCGCUGGCGGGCAAGAUCGCGGCUCUGUCGCUCGCCGCCCUCCCUGUGUCCUACGCGCUCAACUACGUCUCGGCGCUCUCGCAUCCCCUUGGGGUGGCCUUGCUGAGUGCCCUGAUCCUCGGUCAGCUCUUUGUGGCUAUCUAUAGCUUGUCCCGCGGGGAGAUCUACUACGACCCACACUACGCUGUGUUUGCAGUAUUUGCCUUCACCUCGGUGGUGGACCUCCUUAUCGCUCUCCAGGAAGAUGGCUACAUGGUGGGCUUCGUGGAGUUCUACACCAAGGAGGGUGAGCCAUACCUACGCACUGCACACGGAGUCUUCAUCUGCUACUGGAAUGGCAUUGUUCACUACCUCCUUUACCUGGCCAUGGCUGGUGCCAUCCGCAGAAGGAAGAGGUACCGGAACCUUGGACUGUACUGGCUCGGGUCCUUCGUCAUGAGCAUCCUGGUGUUUCUUCCGGGAAACAUCCUUGGGAAAUACAGCUCAGAGAUCAGGCCAGCCUUCUUCCUCACCAUCCCAUAUGUGCUGGUCCCAUUCUGGGCUGGUGUGAGGGUCUUCAACCAGGCCCAGCCACCAACCUGCUGCACCCCCAACAUGGUGCAGGAAGAACAAAGAAAGGGUCUCCUGCAGCGCCCGGCUGACCUGGCUCUCGUCAUUUACCUCAUCCUUGCUGGGUUCUUCACCCUCUUCCGGGGCCUUGUGGUGCUUGACUGCCCCACAGAUGCCUGCUUUGUCUAUAUUUAUCAGUACGAACCAUACCUACGGGACCCUGUGGCCUACCCAAAGGUGCAGAUGCUGGUGUAUAUGUUCUAUGCAUUGCCCUUCUAUGGCCUGGCUGCCUAUGCCCUUAUCUUCCCUGGCUGUUCCUGGCUACCUGAUUGGGCCUUGGUGUUUGCUGGAGCCAUUGGCCAGGCGCAGUUCUCACACAUGGGUGCCUCCAUGCACCUGCGCACACCCUUCACCUACCGGGUGCCGGAGGAUGCCUGGGCCUGCUUCUUCGUGUGCAACAUGCUGUAUGCACUGGGCCCUCACCUGCUGGCCUACCGCUGCCUGCUGAGGCCAGCCUUCUUCCAGCGCCUGCCACCCAGCUCCCAAGUCCUCCACGAGAAGCAGCACUGAAGGGGCCUGUGGGACUCCCCAGGACUCCUUUAAGACACCCAGCGGGCCCUGCCCCAGAAGGAUGGGUUGGGUUUUUUGGAGGCAGGAGGUACAUCCAUGGUGUCUUUGUUUCUGGCUAUGAUGGUUUCAAGGCCAGCUGGUGGGAUGGGAAACCCAAGGGCCAGGUGUUCAGGCAGAGAGGGCCACAGCCACACUCAGCUGUCACUGCUCCCCAGCCUCUGUGGGUUCUUCUACUCCCUUGCCAAGUUUAUCCAUUACCCCCAGGGAUCCUUUUGCUAAAAGCCCUUUUGAUGCCUAAAAAUGUUGCUGCCUGAGUGUUUCAGGGGGCAGGGGUGAGGGACUGUCUUUUCAGACCCCACAAAGGCCCACCAUCACUGCCAGUGUGACUGUCAGGGACAGAAGGUGCCAGACAGCAGAAGCCUGUCUCUGGUUGGUGUGCGCAGCUCCACUUUCCAGAUGAGGAAAACAGACUUAGAGAGGAUCCGAACCUGCCUGGAGUCACAAUCAGGACAAGAGUCCGAAGUCCUAUUUCUGCUAAUAAAUUAUAAUGAAUA